UUUAGGGGAUUCACGUUUACUUUGAGGAAUAAGAUACUUGUUUACAACAAUUUUUGCAGAAAAAUAACAAUGUUUCCAGCGUCUGAAAAUACAGGCAAUGUGCCUGCAUUUCUAUUAAAACUGUGGACUUUGGUUGAAGAUAAAUCUUGUGAUGAAUUAAUUUGUUGGGAUUCUACUGGAAAAAGUUUUCAUGUGACUGAUCAAGCUAGAUUUGCUAAAGAAGUUCUUCCACAUUAUUUUAAACAUAAUAAUAUUUCUAGUUUUAUCAGACAGUUGAAUAUGUAUGGGUUUCGUAAAGUUGGAGCUAUAGAACAAGGUGCUCUGAAGGUGGAAAAAGAUGAUGUAGAAUUUCAGCAUCCUUAUUUUCAGAGAGGGGAGGACAAACUUCUUGAGUUUAUUAAAAGAAGGACAUCUAAUACGAAAAAUGAUUCAUUGAAAUAUAUCCACGAUGAUGUGAAUGAACUUCUCGUCGAUGUUCACAGUAUUAAAGGGAAACAAGAAAAUGUUUCUAAUAAACUGGACCAGCUUCGUAGUGAAAAUGAAGUGCUUUGGAGGGAAGUUGCUAAUCUCCGUCAGAAACAUUCAAAACAACAACAAAUUGUUAACAAGUUAAUCCAGUUUCUAGUGACGUUGGCUAGUGGUAAUCGUGGAUUAUCUGGUAUGAAACGUAAAAUGCAGCUGAUGAUAGAAGAGCCUGGAAGUCAAAGUCAGCCUGCCAGUAAAAUGCCUAAACUCAAUCGUCCAUUAUCUAUCACAGAAAAUGAGGAUAAUUAUACUGUUCAAUCACCUGGUAUGGAUAUGUUGGCAUCACCAGCUGAAUCAACUGGUCCUAUUAUACAUGAUGUCACAGAUGUAUACCAUUAUAAAACAUCACCAAUGUUACCUGAAACAACAGAUACCACACAACAAACUCAAUAUAUUGGUAAUCAUACACCAAACACCAUACAACCCAACACCAUACAACCUAACACCAUACAACCCAAUUUUGUUCAAACGACGCAGGCUCAGUCACCACAAAGUGCAGAAGACAAAUCAGAUCAGCUGGUGAUGUCAACAAAUUUCAAUGAUAUGAUUAACAUGGUGUCACCCAGUCAGGUGACAGAUACAGAUCAAAUACUUCCUACGUCCAGUAAUAAUACAGUCCAUAAACAAACUAAAAAUGAGAAAUCUGUGGCUGUAUGUCCAAGUACUUCUACACUUACGAGUUCUUCUCCUGAAUGUCCGAAACAUGUGGUAAAUGAACAGUUAGAUCUGAUGCAAAAAGAUUUGGAUGGUUUAAAAGAAUUUCUAGCAAGUGGACAGUUCAUUAAUAUGGACAGUAAUACAUUACUUGGGCUUUUCACCCCAGAGAGUCCAUUACCAAAUUGUGAUGCUUUGUUUGAUGAUGAUUUUAACACAACACCGAUCAUUAAUUCAAACACAAACUCAUCAACAGAUCUUUCUGGUAAUGAAGUGAUGCAUUUCAACCCUAAUGAUGGUGUUCCUCUUAAUCUUUUUGAUUUGACGGAUGAGGAAGGGGAUUUGGACAGAAAUCUGGUUGAUAAUCUAGGUGUCAACUUCCAGAACGAUGGACAACUCAACACGCCUGGUGCACUGGAACAAGAAACAAAUCCAUUACAGAGAAUAUCCCCAAAAGACUUGGAUUAAGUCCUUUUUUUUUAUUCUUUGUUUAUUUAUUUGAUAUGUUAAAAUCAAUAUUAGAAUUUAUGAUGGAUAUACCUAUAGUGUUUUUGAUCCAGUUAUAAUUUGAAAUAUGUAAGUGACCCGGCCCUAUAUCAGCGUUAUAGUGAAACGCUAAUGUGUAUUUAAUGUGUAAAUAUGAUAUAUAAGUGCUUUCUAUUUGAAGACUAUGCCCUACCAAAAAUAAUUAUUUGUAUUUUAAUUAGGUGUAUAAAUAUCAUGGAUUUUAUUUUGCCGUCUCAAUUUAUGUGUUUAUAUUGACUUUUACACUCAAAAUAUCUGGAUAACAGGGAUAUGGAUAAAACUUGGUAAACUAGUCAAAAGGUUUCAAAAUAGAAAUCAGAAUGAUUUUUUUGUUUCUGCAUUAUGAUUUUUAUACACCCACAUUUUUAUGUCAUCACCCCCAUCCAUCCGUCCGUCCACAAUUAGAGGUCACAAUUUUUAUCUAAUUUUGAGGAAAUUUGAAAUAUAGGUCUAUCUCCAAAGGAUCUCGGAUUCUUACAAUAUUGGCAUGUAUCGGACUAGAACUAUAUGGAUUAUGGCCCCUGAUUGUUCGAAAAAUCACAUUUUUAGCUUGAUGAAACUUGAAAUGCAGGUUUGUAACCCCAAGAUCUUGGUUCUUGGUUCUUGGUUCCUUUCGAUAUUCGCGCAUAUCGGAUCGUAACUUCCAGAAUUAUGGCCUCUGAUUGUACGAAAAAUAGCGUAUUUAGCUUGUGGUCCCUCUAGAGGUUACAUUUAUUAUCCUAUUUAAAAAUAUAUUCGAAUAUAUUACUACACCGUAAUGUUGGUUGAGUUCAAAUUCAUGAAAAUCUGACCAAAAAUGUCUGACAAAAUGGCUGCACCUUUUACGCAAAUUUUGUUGACCCUCUAGAGGUCACAAUUUUGAUCCAAUUUUGAUUAGAUAUUUCGCGCAUAUCGGAUUGUAACUUCCAGAAUUAUGGCCCUUGAUGGUACGAAAAAUCAUGUUUUUAGCUUGUGGUCCCUCUAGAGAUCACAAUUUUUAUCCUAUUUAAAAAACUGUUUGAAUAUAUAUCUGUUACACCCUAAUGAUGGUUCGAAUGGCCGAUCCUUGUAUCCAAAUAGUGUAAAUAAUAUAUGGUAUAUCAAGGUUGCGGACCUCUAGAGGAUGCAAUUUUGAUCCAGUUUUGUUGAAACUUUAAAUUUAUGUUUAGAACCCAAAGAUCUUGGUUCCAUUCAAUAUUCGUGCGUAUCAGACUUUAACUGCUUGAGUUAUGGUCCCUGAUUGUACGAAAAAUCGUGUUUUUUAGCUUGUGGAUUCUCUAGGGAUCAUAAUUUUUAUCCGAUUUUAAAAAUUGUUUAAAUAUAUUACCGUUACACAUCAAUGAAUGUUGAGUUCGCAUUUCGUAAAAAUCUUACCUAAAUUGCCGGACAAAAUGGCUGCUCCUUGUACGCAAAUAGUGUAAAUGUAUGUAAUACCAAGGUUGUGGGCACUCUAGAGGUCACAAUUUCUCUCCAAUUUUGAUUAACUCUGUAGAAGUCACAAUUUUUUAACUUAAAAUAUAUCCCAAAUAUCUCAGACCAUAACUUGCUGGAUUAUGGCCCCUGAUUGUACAAAAAAUCGCUGUUUUGGUUUUCUUUUAGCUUGUUCUCUAUCCAUCUAUCCUGUUGGGAAUUGCCACUAUUAUUUCGACAUUAACAUAAAUACUUACACAUCAAUCCAGAGAAACUAAGUCUAUGAUCAGUUACUAUCCUUAUCCCUGUUUAACCUUAUUAUUAAAAAUAAACAGCCAAUUGGAGCUCAUUGCCCAUAAUGGAAAAUUUUUGAUAUGCAGUAAAGUGCUUGAGUUGGUGCAAUUGUUCAUGUAGAUUAUGGUUAUUUCACCAUACAAACUUUAUUGUGAUAACAAUAGCCUUAAAAGACAGGUUUUAAGAAUUAAAAAACAUAUAUAAACAUUACAUUGAGAUUUUUUUUUUUGUAAUUGUACCUCAUUUUAUUGUAAAUAGACAUUGGAAACUCAAAUUUUUUGGGUUGUCCUAUAUGCCAAUAUAUUUGUAUCUUGUGUGUGUAGAACUCAACUUUGUUUAUUUAUCAGAUUCGAUGUCUCUUAUCUUCUGAUAGUUCUCACAAGAAGCUGUCAAAAUUAAGAUAUUGUCAUUUUAAGACUACCUCCACAAUUUUAAUCUUUUAUUGAUCUACACUAAAUCAAAAUGUAACUACUCCCCUAUUAGCUUUGUUCUCUAGGAAGUCUCCAAGCAACCAACUUGACAAGUUCUUUAUCAACUGAUGCCAAUUUAUAGAUAUUUUCUUCAUUGUCCCAAGUUUAUCCUUACCUUUACUGUACCUGAGGUAUUUCUACUCGUCUUUAACACUUCCUGCAUGGAGUUAUUUUGUGUCUUUGAGUUGUUCGAAAUUGAAUAAAUCAAACAGAUUGUUAUUUAUAAGUAGCCGAUGUAUUGUUUGUUUUGAUUUGUUAUUAAAAAAGGUUGUAAAUAUAUAUAAAUUGUUACUCUGUUUCGAUAUUAGAUCUAUCAAAACAUAAUAAGGUAUUCAUUCAUUCUUAAAGGGGAAGACCAACGAUUUUCAAUAAUGUUUCCAUAAAUAAUAAAUAUAUAUUUAGAAAUAACCCCUCCUAUAACAUAUGCAAAAAAUAAUUUGUAAGCGAGAAAUUAAUUUUUAUUAAUACCGGAAGUGACGUAGUUGGUUCGACACGCUCACUGGUCACUAUAGUAAACAUACAAAUUUGGAGUAAGUUUAGCGCUGUAUUUUGUGAUCGUUUCGCCGUUUGGCAGAAAAUCUGAUGAAAGGUAAUCUUUAUUAGGAUAUUAAGAACAAGAACUUACGGUGUUUUGAAGGUAUAAUAUACAACGCGUUUGUGUAAAUUAAGUUUCUAAACUGGAGACUGUGACACAAUUUAAGCCACAUGGCUAAUUGUUUACAUCACGUGAUAGCUGGCACGUGACAGAUAUUAACUGAACACAAAUUGGCGACCUAUUCGGCUAGCGACCUAUUCGAC